ACCGCCACGUGGGGGGUGCUUGUAUGCAGGAUUUGUCGUGCAUUACUCGUGCAUUGCAUCUUGACCGACAGCCGCCAUCCUCUCGGACUGCUUCUAUACCCGACCCUCUCUCCUAUUACCACACUGGCUAUAUCAUCCUAGAUCCUCCUCUCCGGACACACUAGACUUUGCCCAGAUUUUCCACCCUCAACUUGUCGACGGCGUGCGAGAACAUACCCAUCAUUGCGCCUUCUCACAGUGCAUGUGUUUCCCUCUCUGCAACAUUCAAUUCAUUCCUAUAGCAUGACAUCACAAGCAUCCAGUUCGACUGUUUCCUCUCAGUCAUCAUCGUCCCUCCUCAAACAGUCGGCGGUAAUGGACAACAAGGAGAAACUUGUUCCAUUCCUCAGUCCACAGAUCGCAUCCUACUUCGUUGCAGGCGGUUGCGCCGGCGCAGCUUCCAGAACGGUUGUUAGUCCGCUCGAGAGAUUAAAGAUCAUUCAGCAGGUCCAACCACAGAAUUCGGGGGGACAGUACCGUGGUGUUUGGUCUAGUCUUGUUCGGAUGUGGAAAGAGGAGGGCUUCAAGGGCUUCAUGAGGGGGAACGGUAUCAACUGUUUGCGUAUCGUACCCUAUAGUGCCGUUCAGUUUACAACCUACGAACAACUGAAAAAGUGGUUCACUAACCAUGGUGCAACGCCGCUUGACACGCCUACACGACUAGUAAGCGGAGCAUUGGCCGGGAUAACCUCUGUCUGCACAACAUACCCGUUAGAUCUUGUUCGUUCCAGAUUAUCAAUAGCAACAGCUUCCUUACCCGUUCUCGCCUCUUCACAAUCCUCAUUACCCGCGAAACCAUCUCUAUCAUCAGCAUAUCACACAUCCUCCGCUAAUGCCCGGCCAGCUGCUACGACCUUCUCGAAGAAGGAUCUUACGAUGUGGGGUAUGACACUUCGGGUGAUGCGUGAAGAGGGUGGAGUCAGAGCCUUGUACCGUGGUUUAGUACCCACCGCCUUCGGUGUGGCACCUUAUGUUGGUAUCAACUUCGCCGCAUACGAGACCCUUCGCGGUAUCAUUACUCCUCCCGGGAAGAGCAGCGUGUGGCGGAAACUGAGUUGUGGCGCCCUUGCAGGUUCAAUAUCACAAACGUUGACUUACCCCUUCGACGUGCUCCGAAGGAAGAUGCAAGUGACUGGCAUGAGUUCGCUCGGUUACCAGUACAACGGCGCAUUGGAUGCACUCCAGAGCAUCGCGCGCACCGAGGGUAUACGUGGAUUGUACAGAGGGCUGUGGCCAAAUCUCUGUAGGCGCUACUUUUUAUUGAAGCGGGAAUUUGCGUUGACAUUCGAUUCUGCAGUGAAAGUUGCACCGAGCAUUGCUACCUCGUUCUUUACAUAUGAGCUUGUUAAGGAGUUCCUUGGUGCCUCAUGAUCGCGAUCAAUCAUCUGUGUGUUAUAGGAGACAGGUACAUUCUAUGGACUGCAGGAAUUUGUCAGACCUUCUGGAAGAAUGCAUUUGGCUUUUUGUCUCGAUUUGUAUAUAGAGGUUCUUGCAUGUAGGGUAGAAACUAUUACUAGUCUUUCGGUCUCGUUGGAUCGAGUAUUUUCCACAC